GCCGGGAGUUGUAGUCCGCACCCGCUUGUGGCGGGCUCUGCGUAUCAUGGCCGUCUCCGCCGCGCACCCGCAGUCUUCCGCUUGGCCCCAGAAAGUUUCAGUUCUGCCCAGCGGUGGACCCACUAGCGCGGGCCACCAUGGAGUCUGACUUCUGCUGACCGGACCCAGGCAGGAGGGCACAGCCGAGACCGCAGCCUGUAGCCAGUCGCCAUGGCUGCCCCCAGCACGGAUGGCCAGCUCCAGAGGAUCAUCCGUGAUUUGCAAGAUGCUGUCACAGAACUAAGCAAAGAAUUUAAAGAAGGAGGGGAGCCCAUCACCGAUGACAGCACCAGCUUGCAUAAGUUUUCUUACAAACUUGAGUACCUCCUUCAAUUCGAUCAGAAGGAGAAGGCCACCCUCCUGGGCAACAAGAAGGACUACUGGGAUUACUUCUGUGCCUGCCUGGCCAAGGUGAAGGGCGCCAACGAUGGGAUCCGAUUCGUCAAGUCUAUUUCGGAGCUUCGAACAUCUCUGGGGAAAGGAAGAGCAUUUAUCCGCUACUCAUUGGUGCACCAGAGGCUGGCAGACACCCUGCAGCAGUGCUUCAUGAACACCAAAGUGACCAGCGACUGGUACUACGCCCGAAGCCCCUUUCUGAAGCCGAGGCUGAGCUCUGACAUUGUGGGCCAGCUCUACGAGCUCACCGACGUUCAGUUUGACUUGGUGUCCAGGGGCUAUGACUUGGACGCGGCCUGGCCGACGUUUGCCAGGAGGACACUGGCCCCCGGCUCCUCUGCCUACCUGUGGAAACCCCCCAGCCGGAGCUCCAGCAUGAGCAGCUUGGUGAGCAGCUACCUGCAGACUCAGGAAAUGGCCUCCAGCCUUGACCUGAACAGCCCCUUGAACAACGAGGCACUGGAGGGCUUCGAUGAGAUGCGGGUGGAGCUGGACCAGCUGGAGGUGCGGGAGAAGCAGCUGCAGGAGCGCAUUCAGCAGCUGGACCGAGAGAACCAGGAGCUGCGGGCAGCCGUCACCUCACAGGGGGAGCAGCUCCAGGUGGAGAGGGAGCGGGCCCGCUCUGCAGCCGAGGACAACGUCCGCCUAACGCGCAUGACGGCUGAGCUGCAGAAGCAGUGGGAGGUCACCCAGGCCACACAGAGCACCGUGCAGGAGCUGCAGAAGUGCCUGCAGGCCCUGGAGCCAGGCCCCGCGGAGAAGGAGGGGGAUUCCCACUUGGCCCUGCAGCGGCUGGAGCCCAUGCUGCAGCGCCUGGCGCAGGAGCUCGAGGCCACACGGGACGCGCUGGGCAGGAAGGACGAGCUUUUGGCUAAUGUCCCAGGUCCGGGCAUGGCUGAGCAGAAGGCAGAUGUGGCACUGGACACAAAGGGGCAGCCAGAGCUCGACCCCAGUGCCUCGGCCCUGACGAUCCAGCAGCUGGGGGAGAAGCUUCACGCCCUAGAGCGGGAGAGCACCAAGGUCCAGGAGCUCAACAGGCAGCAGAGCACGCAGCUGGAGCAGCUGGCCAGGGAGCUGCAGCUGAAGGAGGAGUCCCGUGCCGGCCUGGAGCGCGUCGUCAGGGAGAUGGCCUCGCUGCAGGAAGAGCUGUCCGCGAAGAGGAAGGAGGCCACCCAGCUCCGGCGCCGGCUGCAGGAGUCGCUGGCCCACAUGAGCACCAUGGAGGAAGAGCUGGCAGAGGUGAGACAGGUCGAGCGGCAGCAGCGCGAGGAGAAGGAGCUGCUGCAGAGCGAGGCCAGGUCCCUGACACGGCAGCUGCGGCUCCUGGAGACCCAGCUGGCACAGGUGAGCCAGCGUGUGAGCGACCUGGAGGAGCAGAGGAAGCAGCUCAUCCAGGACAGAGACCGCCUCAGCGAGAAGGUGGGGACGCUGGAGCGGCUGGCUGCGCAGCCAGGCCCCGGCCAGCCUGUGGCAGCGGAGAGCAGUGAGGUGCUGGCCCCCCAGGAUUCUGCCCUGCAGGAGGGACCGAUGGAUGGUACUACAGUUCAGGGGAGCAGCCGGGAGGAGGAGCUGCGGCAGGCCAACAUGGAGCUGGAGAAGGAGCUGCAGAGCGUGAUGGCCCGUAACCAGCGCCUGGAGGACAAGCUGCGUGCCCUGCAGGCGGAUUACCAGGCCCUGCAGCAGCGGGAGGCAGCCAUCCAGGGCUCCCUGGCUUCCCUGGAGUCUAAGCAAGCCAGCAUCCGGCACAUGGGUGACCAGAUGGAGGCCAGCCUCCUGGCUGUUGUGAAGGCCAAGGAGACCAUGAGGGCCCGCAUGGCCGAGAAGGAGGCUGCCCUGCAGAGCAAGGAAGCCAAGUGCCAGCAGCUGCGGGAGCAGAUGGAGCAGUGCCGAGAGCUGGCAGAGGCCCGGGAAGGGGAGCUCAGGGCUUUAGAGAGCCAGUGCCAGCAGCAGACCCAGCUGAUCGAGACCCUCAGAGCAGAAAAAGGCCAACAGGGGCUCAGCCCACCUCAAGAAAAUGCAUCCCAGGAGCUAGCUGCCCAGCUUGCCCUAUCUCAGGCGCAGCUGGAGGUCCAUCAGGGGGAGGCUCAGCGAGUGCAGGCUGAGGUGGUGGACCUCAAGGCCAAGCUCCAGGCAGCCCUGGGUGACCGAGAGAAGGUGCAGAGCCAGCUGAGCGUGACUGAGGCGGCUCUGCAGGAGCACAAGGCCCUUGUGCAGCAACUGAAGGAGCAGAACGAGGCUCUCAACAGGGCCCAUGUCCAGGAGCUAUUGCAGUGCUCAGAGCAGGAAGGGGCCCUGCAGGAGGAGCGGGCCCAGGAGGCCCAUCUGAGGAUGGAGGAACUCCAGGCCCUGCAGGAGGAGCUGUCCCAGGCCAAGUGCAGCUCCCAGGAAGCCCAGCUGGAGCAUGCCGAGCUGCAGGAGCAGCUGCACCGGGCCAACACGGACACCGCCGAGCUCGGCAUCCAGGUCUGUGCCCUGACCGCGGAGAGGGAGCGGAUGGAGGGCGUGCUGGCCUGCACCGUGCAGGAGCUCCGGGACGCCAAAGAGGCAGCCGCCAAGGAGCGCGAGGGCUUGGAACACCAGGUGGCGGGGCUGCAGCGAGAGAAGGAGAGCUUGAAGGAGAAGCUGAAGGCGGCCGAGGAGGCAGCUAACUCACUGCCUGGCCUGCAGGCCCAGCUGACCCAGGCCGAGCAGCGGGCCCAGGGCCUUCAGGAGACUGCACACCAGGAGCUUGACACCCUCAAGUUCCAGCUGAGCACCGAGAUCAUGGACUAUCAGAGUAAACUUAAGACUGCCAGCGAAGAGUGCAGGAGCCUCCGGGGCCAGCUUGAGGUACGGGGCCAGCAGCUGCGGGCCGCCAAGGAGGCUGUGGACAAGCUGGAGGCCACCCAGGCAGACCUGGGAGAGAAGCUGAGCCGCACCAGCAGCCGCCUCUCGGAGUGCCAGGCCGCCGUGCUGAGGAAGGACAAGGAGGGGGCCGCCCUGCGCGAGAACUUGGACAGGACCCAGAAGGAACUUGAAAGAGCCACGGCAAAAAUCCAGGAGUAUUGCAGCAAACUCUGCCAGGAGGCGAGAAGCCGGGAGAAGAAUGACCAGAAGAUGUUGGCGGACCUGGAUGACCUGACUAGGACCAAGAAGAACCUGGAGGAACGGCUGAUAGAGCUGCUCAGGGACAAGGAUGCGCUCUGGCAGAAGUCCGAUGCCCUGGAAUUCCAGCAGAAGCUCAGCGCUGAGGAGCGAUUCGGGGACUCGGAGGUGAACCACUGCUUUGAUUGCAAGCGCGAGUUCAGCUGGAUGGUGCGGCGGCACCGCUGCAGGAUAUGCGGUCGCAUCUUCUGUUACUACUGCUGCAACAACUACGUGGCGACAAAGCCCGGGGGCCGAAAGGAGCGCUGCUGCCGAGCCUGCUUCCAGAAGUUCAGCCCCGGCUCCCCGGACAGCACCAGCUCCGGCACCAGCCAGAGCCAGCCCAGUCCCACUCUGUCGCCGGCCCCGGCUGGGCUGCAGGCCGCCGGAGGCCAAGGCGCAAACCCAGACUUCAGGUCACCAGACGACACUGUGUUUGACAUCAUCACGGACGAGGAGCUGUGCCAGAUACAGGAGUCGGGCUCCUCCCUGCCUGAAACGCCCACCGAAGCCGACUCUCUUGACCCCAGCGUGGCUGAACAGGACACCGCAUCGAGCUCACUAACCCCUGAGGACCCCGAAGACAUGGCCCUGGGGCAGGACACGGAAAUCUGCUUGCUGAAGUCCGGGGAGCUGAUGGUAAAAUUGCCCUUCACAGUGGAUGAGAUUGCCAGCUUUGGGGAGGGUAGCAGGGAGCUGUUUGUGAGGUCCAGUACCUACAGCUUCAUCUCCAUCACCGUGGCCGAGACCGGCCUCACCAUCAGCUGGGUCUUCUCCUCCGACCCCAAGAGUAUCUCCUUCAGCGUGGUCUUCAGGGAGGCAGAGGACACUCCGCUGGAUCAGUGCAAGGUCCUCAUUCCCAUCACCCGAUGCAAUUCCCACAAGGAGAACAUCCAGGGCCAGCUCAAGGUCCGCACACCAGGCAUCUACAUGCUCAUCUUCGACAACUCCUUCUCCAGGUUUGUCUCCAAAAAAGUAUUUUACCACUUGACGGUCGACCGGCCCGUGAUCUACGAUGGGAGUGAUUUCCUGUAGCCUCCGCACCUGGAUUUCAGCAGUUUCACUUCACCCACAGGAAACACUACUCUCUCACCUGCCACAUCAAACACUACAACAAAAACAACAAAAACAGCCCGGCCACUCCGAAGCUGAUCAACUAUGCAAUUCGACAACACCCUGGCUGCUCUCCCGGCUGCAUGGUCCGGGCAGCGUGCGCGCAGCCCGCAGCUCAGCUCCCGUGGGCUCACGCAGCCUUUCCCUCGCUGCCUCGCCCCCGAAGGGGCACUGCCGGAAGGCUCACCACUCCUGAGCACAGUUGGUUCCAAGCCUCCUGGGGAGUUUCACGGGCCAGAGGUGGUACCUACCUCUGCCCAUGGGAAGAGUUGCCCUGCUCUGCCAGCCUGGCCCGGCAUCCUGAGAGACCAUGAGCCAGAUGCCCCUGCCGGACCCGGUGAGGCCUUGGGCCCCAGGGUCAUCAUGAGGGUCAGGGUGCCAGGGGCCCUCACGAGACCUCAACCAGCCUCCUCCGGCCAUGUUCCUGUCCCUUCCGCCCCAGUCAGCUUGGCGUUGCUCCCACACUCAGCAAUUCCAGAGGCCCCUCCAACUGCCCCUUCCUCCUGGGCCUUCUGCUGGGCAAUUCUGUCCGCGAGCAAAGCCCUUCAUCACCCAGGCCUCUCAGAUCUCCCCUAAGAAUCAGAACUGAAUCCAGGGAACAGAACCCAACACACUCAGGGGCCUGCGGAAGCCACCCCAUACAGACGGUGAAAGCCCAACACCGGUUAACACCAAUGUGUGAUGAGAACGCAGGCUCGUGCUUAGCCUGCAGGUCCCACUUCUCAGCUGCUGGCCUUCAUUUACACAAAUAGGAGCUGCCUCGCAUGCAGAUACAUUUACUAAUGAUCAUAAUCAGGAUGAGAACCACUUUCAAAAACGGGGGCUCCUUAAGUCUUAGGUAACUCACGUGUAAACAUGCCCGACUCAUGAAUCUGCUCUGUUCACCAUUUGGUCCCGAUUCCCUGGCACCACUUGCCCACUUCCUGCUGCUCAGCCGGAACCUGAUGCCCAGGAGCCACCUCCCCUGGGGCAGAUGUUUCCUUUUCCUGGUCUCUGGCCCUUUGCUUCGCCCACCACAGAAGCUCACCUUUGAUGGCCUCUGUGCCUGUUUAAGGGAGCCAGCCACCUGUAGCCAGGGCCUCGGUCCUUCCUGCUGAACAGAACAUCUGACCAGGCAGCCCACGCUGACCGGGGCUGAGGGAGAGAGUGCUGGGCCCCGGCAGCCCUCUGUCAUCCAUGAGCCUGGCCUGAUGGGUUCUGAGAGCUUGAGGCUGGGUCAGGGCCCCCCACUAAGAGCAGCACCGAUCCCACUGUGCCCCAGCAGAGCACUCCUGGGGCAGGGGUUGGAGGAAAUUGCUUCUGCAAUGGGCUCAGACCCCUCGUUCAAGCAGGAGACCGGGCACUUGGGUUCGUUUAAGAGGGGCGUGGGGAAUGGUGAACAACCUUCAGGAGAAAAGCUGGGCCUGUGCUCUCCUUGGAGCCACCAGAGCUCUAGCAUCUACAGCCAGGGCCUGAUGGCGCCCUGCACCAGAACCACGGCAUGUGCUUGUCCUCAGGUGCGCCACAGCCCGAGACUGAAGGUUUCAGAGCUCGUUGUUCUGCCUGUGAACCCAUCCCCUCCCCCUUCCAGGAAAGCAUAAUAGAAAGUAGCUGCUCACGUGAAAGAAACUAACAGUUAAUGGAGAACGCAGGGCAGUCUGGGAUCUGGUGAGAGCUUAGCUUUCGCAGGAUCCCGGGAACCAGCAUCUAGUGAGUAGCUGACAGGGUUCCUGUGAAAGGCCUGGGACAUUCUAUUCACGAGGUCCUGCUGCAGCUUUAAGACCACUUGGCCUGUCAACCCAGAGCCACUCCUCCUGGGGAGCAGGGACCCUUCAUGGUGAGCACCCCUGGAGCGGUGACUGCAGUUGCAAAAGGGCCUUUGGUGGUGGGAGGACUGUCCGAUCCCCAGGUCAUGGCUGGCCCCUGUAGCGUAUUUUUUGUGUUGGAUGCACUCCUGUCCGUUUGCGUGUGAGCUCGGGUUUGCUGUGCACUCUGCAGCCGGAGACCACCUUGGCCUCCUGAGGUGGCAACAGCUUUAUUAUUCUAAGCAGGGUCCCAGCUUUACUGAGGCUUUGGGGUUGGGGUACUUUUAAAAUGCAAAUGACAGUGAAGACCUAGCGAAGGUGGUAGCCCAGCCAGUAGACAAAAUGGCACUAGAAAUCAACAAGGAGGAAACACUUUGGGGUCCCAGGUAAUGAAAAAGGAAAAACAGCUGACCCAGCUCUGAGUAAGUCACUUAUUUUUUAACAUUGAUGCCGGUUGGCUUAUUCACUACGGCCUCAGAAGCCACCACUAAUCCAGCACCCUGAGCACAGGGUCUCUGUCGGGAAGCGGGUUUGGGUAAAGUGUGGCCUCUACAGAGACCACCGCACUCAGGUCGACCGGACCAGGAGCAGACAAAUUCUCCAGCAGGAACCUGGAACGGGAAAACCCCAUGGGGUUGAAGUGGAAAGAAGCCUCAUACUGUAACUCAAAACGAAGGGGAUGGUUUCUCCAAACAUGUUCGUUGUCACCAACGUAACACGGUGGAGCCAUUUCACUCAUGAAAGGAAGUCCCCCGGCUGAGGAUGAAACCUCAGUCUGUGGCUUAUGGUACCGAUUAGAUGUCCACUGCUACACUCUCAGGACUGUCACUUAAGUCUGUGUUGGUAACUCCCCGUGAGAGCCCCAUCCUUGGGCGGGGGUUGAGAGUUAUAGCAGAGAAGCCCUUUGUGGUGCUCAGAGCUGAGGAUCGCCCUUCACAGCCGCUGCUGUCAGCUGGCCAUCUUACAAAACUCCCAAAAGGCGCUUUUUAGUGGAACUUUGGGUAAGUUUUUCUCAUUUCAUUGUGACUCUUCCAAGGAAAUGGGAAAGACUGAAUAAAGCCCUUUCCCUCUUAAUCACUUUAAAAAUAAUGAACCAUAUCUUUAAAUAUCGGGAAGCAUUUUGAUAAAAAGGCUUCCAUAGAACCUGGUUAUCCAGAAACACUCUUGCCUGGUGGCCAGAGCAACACCCGGGUCUCAGGUGCACGGCUUCUGAGCGAAUUGCAUUUUCAUCGACUAACCCUCAGUCCUCGUGGCCUUAUGGGAUAGUGGGCCUGGGCACCCGGUUCAUUCUUACCUGCCAAAGAAUUACCCAGAAGCACAUCAAAUGCCAACACCCCACCUGCACAGUGGGGGAGAGAACCUUUUGUAUCCCCAAACAUUUCUUUACAGCUUCUGCUGCACCGUUUGGAAGUGUAUUUUUAACCUCAGGAUAUAAAUAAACACUAUGACAUUGA